CGCAUGCAUGCAUGCAUGCGACCGACGGGCUGAUUUCAUAACGUGGGGAGGAAGAGAGGAAUGGGGCUUUGAGGAACUGAUGAGCACCAGACCUGUUAGGUAGGCUCUAUGCACCAUCAGUGUCGUCUCUAUUCGCGGGCCAUGCAGGCGGUGCGCUAGAGGAGAUGCGGUAGAGGAGGCUGCUGAUGCUGCUGUCCGAUCAGCUGUUCUUUUUGUCUUGAGCAUCAUCGCGGUGACGGCCAGAGAAACCGAAGACCAAGCCCCGGAGCCAGCAGGGACACCGCAGAGCGGACGACAGAGGAUGGAGUUCAAGCAUCUGGUGGAGGCGGCGGAGAAGUGGUGCUCCGGGAACCCGUUCGACCUCAUCUUCGCCGAGGAGGACGACGAGAGGCGGCUGGACUUUUACGCAGAGCCCGGCGUCUCCUUCUACGUGCUGUGUCCCAGCGGCACGGACACCUUCCACGUGUGGAGUGAGAGUGAGGACUGCCUUCCCUUCCUUCAGCUGGCCCAAGACUACAUCUCCUCCUGCGGGAAGAAGACUCUGCUGGAGGUGCUGGAGAAGGUCUUCACAUCCUUCCGGCCUCUGCUGGGUCUGCCUGACAUAGAAGACGACAGUUUUGAGCAUUACCACGCUGACAUGGAGGGGGAACCAGGGCCCGACCACCAGCAGAUGGGGGUCAGCCAGCAGUGAAGAGCCCCAAGACGAGGCCUGCAGCUGGGGCAGAGCUGCUGAGAAGCUCCGGGCCUCAACUCGUCAGCCCAAACACUUAAUAACACACUCUUAUCUAAACACACACGCACACGCACACACACACACACACACACACACACACACACACACACACGUAUACUUACGGCCAACUUGCUAAAAAUGCACCACCAUGUUUUUGAAUGUCUCAGUGGCUUUGCUUUCCAAAGAGUGCACUCCAUUGCACUGUGAUGAUCCCCCCAACCAACCAAACACACACACACACACACACACACACACACACACACACACACACAUUGGGGCUACGUGAGUAGUAGCCACGUACAAUGCAAGUUUCAUAAUCAUUCACCAUCUGGUUAGUUAAAGUUCCACAGCACAGCAAUAUUACAUCGGCCUCAGCUGGCUUUGUUAUGCAGAAAUACAGUCAGAUGUUACGCACAUUUCCCCACGGCUUUGGAGAUGAAUGUGACAGAUAACCCACUUUUCUCUGCCUGUCUGUUGACACAGAGGACGCAGAGCUAAGACGAAUGGGUAAGACAAAAACGACGGUUUGUCGCUUUGUGAGGCAGCUGGUGUGACGCAGAUGAAGAGUGGAAAAGCGGUGAAGUUUUCCACUGCAUGGAGGGAAACAAGGAGGGAACCGAGGGAUGUAUAUCUGUAGAUUCAGAUAGGGCAGCUCUCAAACUAUCCAAAUAGUCAUAUAGGUCACACCUCAUGUGGAAAUCAAAGUGUGCAGCUUUACAGUAGCAUGGAUCAUUUCUUGAGGUGCGUCUCUCAAUGUUUCUAAGGCAGUACACCUCAAAGAGUUUAAAGUCACUUAAUGAGGACGUUUUUAAUCGAUGUUACUAUUACACGACCAUCACAACAAACGCCCAUGUCGCAGCUUACGCCAUUCCUGGUUUGGGUGUCCCAUUGUCACACGACACCCUAGUUCUCCUGUCCUGUAGUCUUCCUGGUUCACGGGUUGCCCCCCUUUCUCGGCAAAAUCGGAUGAGAGACCUCUCUAAAUCCAGCCAAAACCUCUUUUGCGUGUGUUUUUUUUUUCUUCUUUUUCUUAACUAUGAUUUAAUAAGUGCACACUCAAAUCCCUGAGUGAUAUCACAGAGAGAGGAUAUUUGUUGACAGCCACCCUGUUAUCUCUAAUCUCACAUUGUGUUAUUGUAUACACAUCCAGUGCACUGCGAUGCUUCAGAUCCACAUGCAAGACUGUUUCAGAGGUUCAUCCUAGCCCGUUUCCUUUGGCUUGUAAAUGUUUGUCAUUUUAUUGCCUACAGUAUUUGAAUGUUUCUCCUGCAGUGUAUCUUCUGUUUGCCCUCCAAUGUGUGUGAAAUUGUUCAAUAAACCGUGUGAACAGAGA